UCACCGGGUAUCCAGGGCUGGCAGGACAGCUGUUGGCGGUGGAUUCCUUCUAGUUCUGCAGAACUGGGGGUGGUGUCCCCACUUUCAUUUCUGACUUUUGUGAUUAGUCUUUUUUUCUGCCUGGGUAAAGGGUUGUCAGCUUUGUUCACGGUUUUAAGACCCAGUGUUUGGUUUCCCGGAUUUUCUCUACUUGAGUUAUCUUUGUUCUAAUCUUUGUUCCAUUUCUUCUCUUGGUGUGGGUUGAGCUGUUUUCCCGAAAUCUUGGAGCCGUGCAGUGGGCUUGUUGGGGCGCCUUCUCGUCACAGGCGCACGGGUGUCCGUAGUUAGAGAUCUUGCUCCAGGAAACCCUUCAUGAACCCAGAGCACUUUUUUUUUUUUAAAGAGGAAAUCGAGAGACUCACGGAGCAGCUGCAAGAGAAAGAGAAGGAGACCCAGCAACUCAUGAGCCAGCCGCAGCUCGAGCCGGAGAAGGAGGUGCUCUUGCUCCGGAGGACCGUGGCCGAGAAGGAGCGGGCGUGCGCGGCCAGCGCCGUCCUGUGCCGCUCCCUGGCUGACGAGACCCACCAACUGCGGAGGACUCUGGCCGCCACCGCCCACAUGUGCCAACAUCUGGCCAGAUGUCUGGAUGAUCGGCAGCGUGCGCACGUGCAUGCGGGGGACAAAAGCCCUGAGCUGGAGCAUGCGGGUGAGGAUGCUUCUGUCCAGACUGUUAUUGAGAAGCUGCGGGAAGAAAAUCGACUGUUGAAGCAGAAGGUCGCCCACGUGGAAGACCUCAAUGCCAAGUGGCAGCGCUAUGACGACAGCAGGGACGAGUAUGUGCGGGGGCUACACGCGCAGCUGAAGGGGCUGCAGGCCUCCCGUGAGCCGGAAACACCCUCCCCGCCCGAGCUGAUGAGGAAGGAGAUCUGCCGGCUCAACAGACAGCUGGAGGAGAAGAUGAGCGGCUGGACAGAAGUGAAGCUGGAGCUGGCGGCUGUGCGGCGGGCUCGGGACACCGCCCUGGAGCGGGUGCAGAUGCUGGAGCAGCAGAUUCUCGCUUACAAGGAUGACUUUGCGUCCGAAAGGGCAGAUCGGGAGCGGGCUCAGAGCAGGAUUCACGAACUUGAGGAGAAGGUGGCCUCCCUGCAGCACCAGGCAGCCUGGAGACAGGACUCCCGAGAGCCGGCCUCCCGCCGGAUUCACACUGGGAGCAGAGCCCCCAAGUACUUAGAGACAGACGCAUUGGAGCUCGCUGUGCCCAGUGGCUGCAGGCCCGGGACUGGAUCUCCGUGGUUGGAGUCUCCUGCGGAGGGCGGCCGCCCAAGUGCACCCCGGAGAGGCCAGGGGGACCUCCAGUGCCCACACUGUUUGCAGUGCUUUGGUGACGAGCAAGGCGAGGAGCUCUUCAGGCACGUGGCUGAGUGCUGCCAGUGAGCCCUGCGGCUUUGCAGGGGCCUGGCACCCCUGGGCAGCUGUCCUGUUGCUCUCAACAAGCCACACUGAGACCACUGGGGUCCUGGGCCCCAGAACAAGCCGACUCUGGUUCCCCACAGGGGUGGUACGGACCGUGUCAGAGGGGUCUUCCACUGGGGCUGGAAGCCGAGGCGAGUGGGGAGUAGAAGGUCCGCAGGCAGAGGGCCCGGUCUCCUUCUGUGUGGGGUCGGGGCCGUCUGGCUGAGACCGGGGGCCAUCUGGUGGGGCUUCCUCGGGUCAGUGGGACCGCCCCGCCCCAGCAUGCACCUGGGACAGUGCAGCGUGCUAGGAAGGGGGGCUGCCCGUGGGGCCAGGCACGGAGGCAGCCCUUAGGGUGGAAGCCCCGCCUUGUCCUGUCGCAUGAGGGGCACGGUGGCAGCAUGUCACCCUGCCCAUGGGGGAGCCAAGUGUCAGCUCCAAAGUACAAACAUGCUGCUUGACCGCAGCCUUCGUCGCGUGUCCAGAUGCUGACAGCACAGUUAUGUUUGUAACAGAUGCCCGCGCUCCCGUGACCACUCGGGACGAACACUGGGGGCUCGGCACAGGGAUCCAGCUGUAUUUUCACUUGGGCAGGAGUUAGGCCAAGCGAGGGCAAACACUCCCACUCAGGGCGCUGAGAAGAGGAGGUCCUGUCAGAUAGCAUGAGGGGUGCCAGCCCAGUGUGCUGCCUUGGCCUGGUUCAGCCCGGGUUGGCCGUGAACUAAAGGGCUGGGAACACGGCGGGAGGAAGCCGGUGCCUGCUGAGAGCAAGGCCUGGGAGUGCGCACAGCGAGUGGGGCAGCGGUCGCUCGUCAGGAGACCAGUGCUGGGCCUGCCGGCCAGGCUGACUUUAGCCAUCACAGUCCUGGGAGUUCGGUGUUACGUCCCCCUCGACACAGGUCAGGAGAGGACGCAGAGGAGUUUGGUUGCUUGAGCAGCUUAGUGACAAGACUGGGACUUGGCCCCGGGCCAUGAGGCUCCUGCAGCCCGCCAGCAUAAAGGGCUGCACUGGGCCGCGACCCCUCUCACCUGGGGCGCCCUCUUGUCUUUUCCAUUUUGUGGGAUCCCACUCAAGUUGUAGUUGAAGUGUCACCUUCUCCCAUGCGCCCCUUUCCAAGGUCUCGUGGGCCUCCCUGGUGGUGCAACCUGUUGGGACACAGCCUAUGAGGCUGUCCGCAGCCUCUGCAGCAUGCGUUCCUUCCCUGGCCAGGGAGCUACCCACAGGGCGCGGCAGACCCCUCCCGUCUCCCCGCUGCUCCCCUCAGCAGUGUUUCAGUCAGUCUGCCUGUUCUGCUCCCCACUCUGUCUCACCCCCCACACCUCUGGCCUGUACCCCAGCUCUUAUAUGCAUAAAUAAAUAAAUCUUUAAAAAAUAAACAAGUAAAACAAGGUCUUGAGAGUUAAACAGGCGAACACACGGCCACAAGAACUGUCCAGGCGGGGGAAAGGGAUGUUCGAUGAAUUUACCGUUACAAGAUUUUUGCAAUGAUUUAAGAGACUAUAAUGCAUGAAACUUAACCUCUAGGGUACCUACUAAAAUACAAUGAAAAUAUUUCAUUGAAAAGUUAAUGUAGGGCCUCCCUCGUGGCGCCAGGGGUGAAGACGCAACCCAUGAAGCUGUCCGCAGCCUCUGCAGUGCGAGUUCCAUCCCGGCCAGCCGGGGCGCUACCCACAGGGCACAGCUGACCUCUCCUGCCUCCCCGCUGCUCCCCUCAGCAGUGGACUUCAGUGGAUCCACUUGUUCUGUUCCCCCGUUGUCCCUGUCUCUCACCCCCCGGCCCUGCACCUCUGGCCUGCACCCCAGCUCUUGCAUGCAUUAAUACAUCAACCUCAAAGUACAGCACAAUGAGAACGAGGCAAAUGUACACUCUCAGCUGCCUCUCACAACUGGCAGAAGCAGGGAAGAAGUAAUGAUUGGGAAGAUUUAACCAAAAUUGCCAGCAAGAAAAUUUAAAAUUCAGUGAUCCAAGUGCCCAUCUCAAGACCCUAGGAAAGUAACUGCAAGUUAAACCCAAAGAGAACGGAAGGAAAUAGAAGCCGGAAUCAGAUAAUGAAGAGCAACGUCAAGAGUUCUUCCAAACAGCAGUGAAAACGGCAGACGGACGGGGAGGCCCUUGGAAAACGCCACUUACCACAAUGACGAGAGAGAGAGAAGCUGCGAAUAGCUCCAGGUCCAUUAAAUAACUUAAAACUAAUGUAAAAUCUCUUCACAAAUGUGUUGGCCCAGAAGACGUCACUUGUGACUUCUCCGGAACAUCUGAGAGGCACCGGUCUGACGCACGGGAACUAAGGCCGUCUCCUGGCUCGUCAUCCGAAACCUGAGAAAGUGAAGAAAGGUGACCUCCGUGUUUCUCCUGAACAGGAGAGUGAAGAAGGAACCGCACCCGGCACCCGGCACCAUGAAGAGACUACGCUAGGGCCUCCCGAUGGUGCAGGGGUUAAAGCCACCGGCUUUAACUGCAGCACAAAUAAACAUUUAUUUAUUUACAGAUUUACUUUAUACAGGAACCGGGGUACAGGCCAGUGGUGCGGGGGGUGAGAAGACCCACCAG